CCAACUCUACUCUCAAAGUUUGCUUUUGGUUAUUGGGAGCUCUGCGUUUCGCCCGUAUUCACGAGCGACCAGGUGGAUGCUGCCAUGCCAUUCGGGUGCCUUGCCCUGCGUGAUGGGCGGACAUACCACAGCCUGUCAGAUAUCACCGAAAAAUAUGAAAUCGGACAGGUCUUAAAGGCAAAGGAGUUUUGUGAGCUGUGUCUGAUAAAGGAACGACAGACGAGCAAGGUUUACGUGUGCAAGAAAUUCCUCAAGAAAGAUGGAAGAAAAGUGCGGAAGGCUGCCAAGAACGAGAUCCUGAUCCUGAAAAUGGUCGACCACACAAACAUUCUGAAGCUAAUAGAUGCAUUUGAGACCAGAAAAGAGUUCUACAUCAUCCAAGAGCUGGCCACAGGUGGGGAUGUAUUUGAUUGGAUUCUGGAUCAGGGAAACUACACCGAAAGAGAUGCUGCUAACGUAAUACGCCAGGUCCUAGAGGCAGUGGCUUACCUCCACUCGCUCAAUAUAGUCCACAGAAACCUAAAGCUGGAGAACCUGAUGUACUACACAGAGAAUAACCACAACAAAGUGGUGCUGCGGGAUUUCUACUUGUCCAGGUUUGAAAAUGGCUCCAUCACUGAACCCUGUGGCACACCAGAGUACUUGGCUCCAGAGGUGGUGGCUCGACAUCGAUAUGGAAGACCAGUGGACUGCUGGGCUGUUGGGGUCAUCAUGUUUAUGCUGUUGUCAGGAAACCCCCCUUUCUAUGACGAGACUGAGGAGGAGAACACAGACAUGCACAAUCGCAUCAUUUUUUGUCGGAUCGUUGCUGGAGACUAUGAGUUUGACACUCCUUACUGGGAUGACAUCUCACCUGCAGCUAAGGAGUUGGUGUGCAGGUUGAUGGAGGUUGACCAGAUGCUACGAAUUACGGCUCAAGAUGCCCUGUGGCAUGAGUGGAUUUCAGGAAAUGGAGCCUCAGAAAAGAACCUGAAGGAUGGUGUGUGUGCCCAGUUUGAGAAGAACUUUGCCAAGGCCAAGUGGAGGAAAGCGAUCCGAGUCACUACAUUCAUGCAGCGUCUUCGUGCCUCCGAGAUGGGUUCUACAGAAGGGACGACGGAGAGACAGGGGGACGGAGUCAAAGCUGAUGGAGGAGAGAAUGAAUCUGCAAGUUUGUCCCAUGAGGUAACAUUGGAAAACACACCGGUUGACAAUCCAGAGGAAAAAACAGCACAAAAUGAAAUUGACACUCCUUCAUUCUCUGAAACAACAAAGCCACUUGACCAAAUUGAUUCGUCAACCCAAACGCAAGAGGAGAAGGAGGACAAGACGAAGAAACCAACUGCUGAUGGCUCUCAGACAGCAGCAGGUGCUGUAGGCCAGGUCAAGACUUCAGUAGGAGCGGGUCAGAAACUUAACUCUACUGUGACCACCAAAUCCACUGACUAUCAGAGAAACAACCUCACCACAGAAACAGACAAAAAAGCAAGUCCUUCUGACAUUCCAAACCAGCAUAAAACGGCUACAGACGUACCUCUGGAUCAUGGUACCGCAGUUAGCAGUCCGUCUUUAGAGAAGGAACAGUCAGGAAUUAAGGUAGCGGCAGCAGGAAAACAGAUGUCUCCUGGUAGCUGGUGUCAGACCCAAAUUCCGGAGGCCGUAGCAGAGAGGCAAGUAGUUUCAGGGAUGGUUGGAGAGAUUAGUCUGAUAGACAGAGAGGCUGACGGAGAACUAGCAGAGAAGUUAGGAAUGCAAGUGCCAACCAAAGUAAGUUCAUCAAGCUCCAAGGGCCAAAACAAGACCGUGUAUGUGCAGGAGAAAAAGGAUUUAGGUCAGGGUGCUUCUUGUGGGAAUCCAUUCUGCUCUCCUUACUCUGUUAGACCGGGGGAGGACGCCAGUGCCAAAAUGGAUAGCGCGAUCGAAGAGAUCGAAAAGCAAAUGGCGGCUGUGCUUGAGAGGAUAGAAGGGGACAUGCCCUCAUUAUUGGGGCAGAUCAGGGACUGUCCUGAGAGCCUGCCGAGGGCAAAAAGUGCCCAGUCUUCUCCCUCAUUCGGCCACCGCUCCUAUCAGCAUCAUUCCACCCCACCACCUCUCCCUACCACCCCACGGCCAGCCAUGCCCUCUUUACCGCACCUCACCAUUCCUCCACCCUCCUAUCCACCUCCAAACCCGCCCACCCAUAGCCAAAGUCACAACCAACCAGCCAAUGAGCAGGAUUAAAGAGGAGGCCGUUGACAACAGCAGUUGUGAGUUGAGUUCUGGCUGCAAAGGGCUUACGAAUCUUAUCUGAGUGAAAGGAAAGAGAAGGAACUUUAAAAAGAGAAGUACAACUAAUUU